AAAAAAAAGAAGCCCACUGGCACCGAUCCGACUGACUGAGAGCCGCGGGUCCGUGCGCGAGAUGAGCGGGUCCGAGCGGGUGUUUUAACGGAAUGACGGCGGAUCGGAUCGUGUUUCAGCAGAAGGAGGAGAGCCGGUAGACACGCUCCAGCCCCGGGGAACCGAAGAGAGAGAGAGAGGCAGAGGCCGGGGAAUCAUGCGGGGUCCUGCGCUCCGGCUGCUGGGACUCGUGUGGCACCUCUCCGCGCUUUUACGCACCGCGCACACGUACAAACUCCACCACAAACAAGAGAGCUUCAUCAGACAGCUGUCGUCGUAUGAGAUCGUCACUCCAGUGCGCUUGAAUGAUUUUGGCGAGUCGUUCCCGCACCGACAGCAUUACCGCAGGAGAAGGCGUAGCGCUGACGCGGAGAUCUCCAGGGCUCAUUACCGGAUCGAGGCGUUCGGUCAGGCCUUUCACCUCAACCUGACCGCCGAUUCGGGAUUCAUCGCUCCGGCCUACACGGUGCUCCAUCUGGGAGACGAGGAGAAGCGCGGAGACGACCUGCGCCACUGUUUCUUCAGAGGACACGUCAACGCCCGCAGCGAACACCACGCCGUCUUCAGCCUCUGCACGGGACUAAUCGGCACGUUCACGACACACAGCGGUCAGGUGUUCAUGGAGCCGCUGCUGAGCGCUGAUGAAGACGAGUAUGAGGAAGAGCACAACAAACCUCACCUGGUCUACAGACACGCAGACACCGGGUCACAUGACACGCAGCCCUGCACCUCCUCAGAACAUCACGACAACGAUCACAUCAGUCUCCAUAGCAACAGAACUCUGGAAGAGGAAGUGAUGUCGAUACAGGAAACGAUGCGGAAGCGCUCGGCUCGUUCCCGAGAGGAUUCCAGCGCUCCCCGUUCACGCAAGAAGCGUUUCCUAUCGUACCCGCGCUUCGUGGAGCUCAUGGUCAUGGCCGACACCAAGAUGCUCCGGCACCACGGCCCAAACCUCGAGCACUACAUACUCACAAUCAUGUCAGUAGUUGCUGCCAUCUACAGAGACCCCAGUGUAGGAAACCUAAUCAACAUCAUGAUUGUCAAACUCAUCGUCAUACAUAAUGAACAGGAAGGACCGAAUAUAAACUUCUAUGCCACUGCGACACUUCAUAACUUCUGCACGUGGCAACAAAGCCACAAUGUUUUGGACGACAGUCACCCAGGUCAUCAUGACACGGCCCUUCUCAUAACCAGGCAGGACAUCUGUCGGGCAAAAGACAAGUGUGACACGUUAGGUUUGGCGGAGCUGGGAACGAUGUGCGACCCGUACCGGAGCUGCUCCAUCAGCGAGGAGAACGGCCUGAGCACUUCCUUCACCAUCGCUCACGAGCUGGGACACGUGUUCAACAUGCCGCAUGACGACAGUCCGAAGUGCAGAGAGAACGGAGUAAAACACCAGUUCCACGUCAUGGCUCCUAUCCUCAACUACGACACCAGCCCCUGGUCCUGGUCCAAAUGCAGCCGCAAACACGUCACAGACUUCCUGGACACCGGUUAUGGUGAAUGUCUCCUGGACGAACCCUCAGGCCGGAUGUAUAACCUUCCCAACCAGCUGCCAGGUCAAGUCUACAAUGCCAACCGGCAGUGUGAACUCAUGUUCGGUCCCGGCUACCAAGUCUGUCCGUUCAUGAAACAGUGCAAGCGUCUCUGGUGCACCAGUGCGGAGGGCAAUGUCGGAUGUCGAACGCAACACAUGCCUCUCGCUGAUGGGACCGAAUGUGGCAAUGGCAUGCACUGCAGGCACGGCAUGUGUGUGAAUAAGGAGAUGGACAUGAAGCCGGUUCAUGGUGAGUGGGGCCCCUGGGGGCCGUACAGUGUGUGCUCCAGAACCUGUGGAGGAGGGACUCGCAGCACAACCAGAGACUGCAAUAAACCUGAGCCGAGGAACGGAGGGCGUUUCUGUGUGGGCCGCAGGAUGAGGUUCCGCUCGUGUCAGACGGAUCCGUGUCCCCGGGGCCCGAGGGACUUCAGGGAAGAGCAGUGCGCGCAGUUCGACGGGAAACACUUCAACAUCAACGGACUCCCGCCAACCGUCCGCUGGGUGCCGAAGUACAGCGGCAUUCUGAUGAAAGAUCGCUGUAAACUUUUCUGUCGUGUCACGGGGACGAUAGCAUACUAUCAGCUGAGGGAUCGAGUCGUUGAUGGAACACCGUGUGGACCAGACACAUAUGACAUCUGUGUACAAGGCCUCUGUCGGCAAGCAGGUUGUGACCACAUUUUGAACUCAAAGGCAAGAAAUGAUAAGUGUGGUGUCUGUGGAGGAGACAACUCAUCAUGUAAGACAAUCGCUGGAACCUUCAACAACGCACAAUAUGGUUAUAACGUUGUGGUUCAGAUUCCUGCUGGUGCGACCAACAUAGAUAUAAAGCAGGUCAGCUACUCAGGAUCACCAGAAGAUGAUAACUACCUCGCUCUGUCUGACAGUCAGUCCAACUUUCUCCUCAACGGGAACUUUGUGGUGUCCAUGUUUAAAAGGGAAAUCAGCUUUAAGGGAGCAGAGAUUGAGUACAGCGGAUCCAACACCACAGUAGAACGGAUCAACUGCACACAACGGAUUGAGGAGGAGCUUGUGCUGCAGGUUCUGUGUGUGGGAAACCUGUAUAAUCCUGACGUCAGAUAUUCCUUCAGUAUUCCCAUCGAGGAGCAGCGGGAGCAGUUCGGCUGGGAUCCGGCGGGCCCGUGGCAGGAGUGCAGUCGCAUGUGUCAAGGUGAGCGGCGACAGAAGGCGGUGUGUGUUCGUAAGAGCGAUCACCUGGUGGUUUCGGAUCAGAGGUGUGAGUAUCUUCCUCGACCCAGAGGAGCGACAGAGAACUGCAAUAGCGACUGCGAACUCAGGUGGCACGUGGCGGGCCGCAGCGACUGCUCCAGUAAGUGUGGUCCGGGCUCCCGUACGCUGGACGUGUUGUGUAUGCGCUACAGUCAGAGCAAGAGUCUGAGUGAGCGUGUGGAGAGCCGUGCCUGCGCAGACCUGCCCAAACCACAGACUCGAGAGGCCUGUCACGGAGACUGUCUGCUCAAGAGCUGGCAAUACAGCGCCUGGUCUCAGUGCUCGAGGAGCUGUGGACGAGGCGUUCGGACGAGACAGGCGUUCUGUAUGAACAAUCUGGGCCGGCGGCUGGCGGAGCGAGAGUGUGAUGAUCAGAGAGUCGUGAGUGAACCCUGCAGUGACGUGCCCUGUCCCGACUGGAGCGCAAGCCCGUGGAGUGAGUGUCUGGCGACGUGUGGGAAGGGCGUGCGACACCGGCAGGUGCAGUGCAUUCUGGGAGACGAGCAGCUGAGUGAGCAGCGCUGUGACCCGAACACCAAACCCUCGGCGCUGGGCGUCUGUGAGCGUCCCGAAUGUGCGUCCUGGCAGACCGGAGGCUGGAGUCCGUGUACGGUGAGCUGUGGUCAGGGCUAUCAGAUGCGUGCGGUGAGGUGUGUGUCGGGAGCGUACCGUGAGACGCUGGACGACAGGGAGUGUAACGCGGCCGCCAGACCUCGAGACAGUCAGGACUGUGAGUUGUCGGUUUGUCCUCGCUCAGCAUCAGUGUUUAACACACCAAGACCAGCAGAACCGGGUCAACGGCACACACAGUGGAGAUACGGGUCAUGGACGACUUGCUCCGUGUCGUGUGGCGAGGGCCGGCGUGAGCGUUACGUCAGCUGUAGAGAUGCUCAGGGUGGAGUUGCUGAAGACUCGUCCUGUUCUCUCCUGCCUCGACCCGCAGACUCUACUGUGUGUUUCAGUCCUUGUGGACAGUGGAGGGACGGAGAGUGGACACCGUGUUCGGUGUCGUGUGGUGUGGGUCGGUCCACGCGGCGGGUUGUGUGUAUGAACCAUCACCAUCAGGUGGACGAUUCGUUCUGUGCGCCGGACGAGCGUCCCAGCACUGAGCAGGAGUGUGUGUCAGCGCCCUGCCAAUCCUCCUACCACUGGCCCAACAACCAGCCCUACUUUCCCCCCGACCCCGGCAGCCACAGCUGGAACGUCCCCGCAGAGAACCAGUGGAGGACCGGCCCGUGGGGAGCGUGUUCCAGCACGUGUGAAGGCGGAUCUCAGCGACGGGUCGUGGUCUGUCAGGACGCUGAUGGCCGAAGCACCAAUCACUGCGAUGAGAGGGUCAAACCCGACCAAUCGAAGAGCUGCAACUCGGGACCCUGUCCUCACUGGAACUACGGCGUCUGGGGAGAGUGCACGAGCUCGUGUGGUGGCGGUUUGCGGACUCGACUGGUGGUUUGCCAGCGUCUGAACGGUCAGCGAUUGAGCGAGCAGAAUUGUGAUAUUCUGGAGAAACCUCUGGAUGUGGAGCAGUGCAACGGCCAGCCCUGUCCCGGCUCGCUGUGGCUCAGACGCCCGUGGAAGCCGUGUUCGGUGUCCUGUGGGAAGGGAAUAAAAGAGCGACAGAUCGUGUGUGUGGACCAGAAUCAGACCCAGAUGGAGGACGAGGCCUGCGCACAUCAGAACCGGCCCAGAACACAGAAGGCCUGCAGGGCGGGACCCUGCCCCAGAUGGAGAGCCAAUCAGUGGAGAGCGUGUUCGGUGAGCUGUGGCGCUGGCGUUCAGUCCCGCGAGGUCUUCUGCAGGUUAAAGGUCAGAGGUCAGGUCAGGGAUGACCUGUGUGACGAGCGUGUGCGUCCCGUGUCAAUCCGCCCCUGCUUCCUCGCCGGGUGUCACACACACAGCUGGAUGGCUCAUGAGUGGCGGGACUGUAACGCCACCUGUGGACGAGGCAUGAGGUCGAGGUCAGUGAUUUGUCUGGACGGAGGGAUGAGCGUGGUUCCUGAUCAUUUGUGUGACGUCUCAGCCAAACCUCACACAUACGAGCCUUGUCACAGCGCCACCUGUCAGCACGUGUGGGUCACUGCAGCCUGGAGUCAGUGUUCGGUGAGCUGCGGCUCUGGACUCCAGCGCCGGGCGGUUCGUUGCUCUGCCGUGACCUCUGACCUCCAGCUGACGUCUGACCUGCAGUCAUUCUCUCAGUGUAGCGAGCGCCGGCCGAUCGACAGCAGACCCUGUCGACUCCCAGCCUGUCCAUCAGCUGGAGCCUGGAGCGCCGGCCCCUGGAGUCAGUGCUCUCAGACGUGCGGCGCUGGAGUAAUGCGGAGGAAGGUGGAGUGUGUCGGCGCUGAGACCUGCUCAUCGUCCAGCCGGCCCGAGUCCAGCGCCACCUGCAGGCAGGCCGACUGUGAACACCACUCCAGCUGCCGGCAGCUCCAGGUGAAGGGAGGCGUCAGGAGAGACGGAGAACAUCACAUCACAGUUCGCUCCAAGAUCCUGCGCGUUUAUUGUGCCGAGAUGCACAGCGCUUUCCCGAAGGAGUACGUGACGCUGCGCAGCGGCCAGACCGACAACUACUCAGAGGUGUACGGGUACAGGCUCCAGAACCCGUUCGAGUGCCCGUAUAACGGCAGCCGUCGGCAGGACUGCGAGUGCAGGAACGACUACGCUUCGGCCGGUUACACCGUGUUCCAGCGCGUGCGGCUCCAUCUGCCCACCCUGCGCAUCAUCACGGCUGAUGUGAGGUUCAGUCAGACGCUGUUUGGUCGCGCGGUGCCGUUCGCGUCCGCUGGAGACUGUUACAGCGCCGCUAAAUGUCCUCAGGGUCAGUUCAGCAUAAAUCUCAGUGGAACGGGACUGAAGGUCGCAGAAUCCACUAAAUGGGUUUCUCAAGGCAACUACGUCACACUCAAAGUUCACCGCUCAGAGGACGGCAGCAGAAUCUACGGGCGCUGCGGGGGCUUCUGUGGGAAAUGUCUUCCUCAUCCUCAUACUGGACUUUCUGUCGAAAUCCAGUGAGAGAAACAUCAACAUGACUUUGUCCUUCGUGUUCUCGUGAAUGCGUUCACUAUGCGUCUCUCUUUAACGUCUGGCAGCUACGGUAAGCCUUCGCAAAGCAUUUCAACGUCCCAAAACUAUCGAGAGAACCAAAUAAGUGAGUUUCUCCCAGAACCAGGAUGCAGGAUGCAGAACUGAUUUGUUAUUUAAUGAUCUGGUCAGUCAAGAUCACGUUGAACCAAAUUGUGAUUGUUUGGUUGCAACGAUAGUGUAAGAGCGCGUAUCUUUAUUUUUUUGGUUGUAGCAAACGUUCAAAUCCUUUAUUUGGGCAGACUUUUGACGUAAAGGGAUUUAUGAACAAUUUCUAAAUAUUUUAUAAUUCAGUAUGUGCCGUUUGUCCAGAUGGAUAUGAACUACUACUGCAUGUAACACACACUGUUAACGAGUCGUUUAAGAGUAACGGAGCCUGACGACAGCAAUCAGCUUGAUAUGAAAAUAUAAAUAAUUGAAUGUUUUCUACAUUUGAUCCAGAAAACAUUGCAGACUAGCACUACUGAAAUCUCCUCAUCUUGACGAUCGUCUUCAAUGUAAAAUGCCUGAAAAUGUAAAAGAUUGUCCUAGUUAAUAUAUGAUAGUUUUUAAUUAUAUUUAAUAGUAUGCUGACAUAAUUUACGGUGCUGAAAGCAAACUGAUCAAGCAUGUGCUUUUGCUUUUUUUAAUCGGUUAGUAAUCUGAUUGAUAACAGAACAAUGCGAAGCAAUAAUUAAAUAAACCAGCUGGGUUCGUUUAAUAACUUAUAGACAAGUUAGGAGACUCUAUAACCAUCCUCAUUCAGAUAUAAUUCCAUAAUUUGACACAUUAAAUGAGCCAGAUUUAGUGCUUUUAGUGCUCAGACGAGCUUCACUGAAGUUUUAUUAGAAGGGAAGAUUAAAGUAGAUCGAAUUAAAAUGGCAUAACCCUACCUCUCAUAAUCAUGCAUUUGUACCUUAUUUAUGUUUGACAAUAUUUAUUCUGUAAUUAAAUGUACAUACGUGAUGUUGCGUCAUGACAGGAACGCGUAUUAUGAAAUAUUGAUCAUUUUCUUGUGUCAUUAACAAGGUUUACAGUGUGUAACGGUGCUGUUUUUACUACUGAAUCGACCUUUAACCUCCAGCUGGACGGUUAGUUUGACUUGGAUGCUUCUUUACUGUAUGUAAAUACCUGAGAAUUAGUAUUUUAAAUGCUUAAGUAGACUUUCCGCUUUCAACCAAAGUCUGCUUGGUUAUGUAAUGUAUGCUAAUAUAAGUUGAAGGAUAUUGAGCCGGUUUUAGCCUAUAACGGAUCAUCUACGAGCAGCUAACACACCUUUGACUAUCAUUGUGUUGAUAGACAACUGAACUAUAUAAGGUCUGUAUCAGAAGUUAAAGGACUAUAUGAUGCACUGUGUGCCAAGAGUCGUGUAGACGUUAUUUACACCUGUAUAUUAACAGUUCAGCUUUGUGAAAUGUGUAUUUUUAAUAUUCAUACUUGAAGUGUGAAGAUUGACGUUUUGCAUCUUGGUGGAAUGAAAAAAACGAAGCUUGUUUUCCACUCGUUGCCCAAAGAUAUUUUCAAUACAGUAAUCCAGUGUUUUUUAUAAUGAAAUCCUCAUUUUUGGUGCUAUAGUAAACAUGUAAUUGAGAAUGUAUCAAUGUAAUGGAUUUACAGCACUGUACUAAUGCUGAUCGUCAUAAUAAAAUGAAAUAUGUUC